CGCAACGGCGCCAACUGCGUCUCGCGCACGCCACAGACGCACGCAUGGUUCUCCCUUGCAGCUUCUUCGGAGAUCAACUGACUUUGCAGUUCGCCGCACAACGCAUUGUGAUCCCAGAGAAACGUAAACGAUGAAAGGCGCGUUGGUUGGCAGUAGCCAGCUGAAGUUUAUGACGCGCGACAGGCUGUUCGUAGACUCUGACGUGGAAAUCGUCACUUUUAGCUAUCCCGGAGCUACAGCGGCCCGUCUGAGAGAAAAAAUCCAUCGACUGCACCUAGCAGUAGACUGGAUCGUCAUGUAUAUCGGUGGCAACGAUAUCCAGGAUGGGAAGAGUGCCGCAGCUGUUUUGCGGGAAGUCUCAGAUACCGUUGAGGUGGCGAAAGGCUACGCGGAGCAUAUAUUCCUGUAUAAGCUGAUGCCACAGACAAGGCGGCCUGAACUUUCUGGCACAAUUCAGGGAUAUAACGCGAUGCUGCGCACGAUUCCAGCUGUCCGUGCCGGUGACGCUACGGUGUUGAGCAUUGACCACAAGAUCUUUACCAGGAACAAGGAGGUGAAAGAGGGGAUGCUUUCACGGGAUGGCUAUCACAUUUCGACGGGACGGGGGUUAUCGUGCCUAGCAGGCAUCCUCCGCACAGCCCUCGUGAAACGCUACGGACCAUGGCUGAAAGCACCGGGUCCGCGUCGUGGCAUCGUACUCAAGCCAAUGGAGUCGUGUGAAGAGUGUCGUGCUAAGGGACACCCCACGAGUGCAUGCAGGCCUGUGCGCUCACCGUGGUGAACGCUCACCAUUUUAGCCGCCAUGUCAUGACGACACAGAACGAUGUUACCACUGUUACCUGCUGUAUUAUAACAACCACGUCAUCUGAUCCCCAAUCCUAUGCUCACUUCUGUCAGCAGCAGCAACGUAGUCAAAGCUUUUUCUAACCUGUUCCUCCUGCCAUCGCAUACUUUGUCCCAUGAUUAGUGUACAAAUGGCCCACAUCAUACACAAGACCUGCCCGAUAAAAUUUUGUAAACAACUAUCAUCAUUCCGAUGGAAAUUUUGUAAUGGCUUCAUGCCGUCUGCCAGCUUCCGGCUGGGCUGUCUGCUCGUUACCCUAGGCACCCUGAGACCAGUAGUUUCCUUAGAAGUUGGUCCAGGGCACAUAUGCCCCCCUCCCCGUGAU